UGCACCAUGGGCUGGUGCGACCCCGGAGUACAGAUGCUCUUCACCAUGAUGGGCGCUUUCGCAGCUUUCAGUCUGAUGAGCAUCGCCAUCGGCACCGACUACUGGCUGCACUCACGGGCUUAUAUCUGCAACGGCACGAACAGUACCACCGAGGAAAACCAAGUGAAAAAGGAGAAAGGGGCCAUGAUCCACUCGGGUCUCUGGAGAGUCUGUUGUGUGGAAGGUUUUCAAAAAGGAAAUUGCUUCAGAAUCAAUUAUUUCCCUGAAGAUGAUGAUUAUGACCAGGAGGGUUCAGAAUAUCUUUUACGCAUUGUCCGUGCUUCCAGCCUAUUUCCCAUCCUGAGUGCCAUACUCCUGCUCCUGGCAGGGCUGUGUGUUGGAGUUGGCAAACUGUACAACAGCAAGACCAACAUUAUCCUUAGUGCUGGCAUCUUAUUUGUAGCAGCAGGACUGAGUAACAUAAUUGGGAUCAUUGUGUACAUAUCGAGCAACACUGGCAACCCAUGGGAUAAGGAUGAUGAUGACAAGAAGAACCUGUAUUCCUACGGGUGGUCUUUCUAUUUCGGGGCUUUAUCCUUCAUCGUAGCAGAAAUGGCAGGCGUCUUAGCUGUGAGCAUCUACAUUGACAAGAAUAAGGUUGCAAGGAGCAGAUCACACCGAGAAUAUCUGAAGACCUCAUCCUCACCCUAUUCCAGGAUGUCCAACUACAGAUACAGACAGAGGAGGCGAUCCAGAUCUGGCUCCAGGUCCGAGGAACCAUCCCCAGCUCGGGAAAUCUGUGCUGCCGGUAACAUGAAGAUGGUGAGUACUGUGGUGCCACUGAGUGAGAUCUCCAUGUACACUCUUUCAAGAGAAGCCAGCAAGCCGCCAGUUGGAGCCACCUACCUCCCGGAACAAGAGGAGAGUUUCCUCCAGGUACACAACUGCUUCCAAAAGGAAUCCAAGGAGGGAUUUGGCAUGAACACGAUGAACAGGCGAACAACACCAGUCUGAGGCACCAGGUUUACACCCCAUCCCCUCACCACUCUGACUCAUUUCACUUUCCCUGCCCUGUUGAAAGUACAGACCAGCAGAAAGGUCUACAGAUCAGGAGCAGGGUGUCCCACCAGCCUGGCCUCUCUCUCUGUCAACAGGUCUUAGAAUAGCCAUGGUGAAAAAUGGAAGAGAUACGAGGACAAAGAUUAACUGAACUGUGCAGAAUGGGCAGCGGAUGAAGUCCUUGUUAUCUGUUUAAAAUUCCCACACAGGAAAUACUGAGAACAUGAGAUGCACCCGUCCUGUGUAAUUGGUGAGAAACUUAACUGUUAACACGGAAUUAACAUUUUAAGCAUUAAUGUUUGCUUUUACAUUUCAUUCAACUGGAAUACCAAGGUCAAUGACUUGUUUUAAUGUAAGCAGAAAUUCUCAGUUUUAACCUUUAAAUGACGGGAAGGUCUGAUUAAAUCGCUACUGCCAGUGAAUUUUUGUUUUUGUUGUUCACCUGUCAGACACUGGGAUCUGCACACAGCCCAGGGCAUGGCCGAAGGAUGAAAUCCAUUGUGGCUAGUCGACGGGUGCCUUACUCCGCCAAUAACUUGCACCAACAUUUUCUUCAUUUUAGCCACUCUCCCGUUAAAAGAAAUUAACCAGGAUGUGUGUGCAGUGGAAUUGACCAUGUAUAUUUUACAACAAUUCAGAAGAUGAAUUUUAGUGACAUCAUUUAGUGGCUUGGAGAUGUUCAAAACCCAGAACAACUACAGGCUUGGAUCAGCAAGUUGAUUAACGUACUGGACAAAACCUCAAUGUCUUCUUUGGUUGUGUUUCUUGUGGUUUUCCCUCCUCCAAAAUUUGUCACUGUAAAGAUGUUAAAAGGUAGCUGUAUGUACAAUCGUAAACCUGAUCGCUAAUCAGAUUAUUGUGAAACUAGGAGAGGAGAGAGCGACCCUUGUCUAUCUGGCUCUUGUAAAGUAUUUGUGAUA